AUGUCUCCCUGCCACACCUGUGUGUGCCAGUGGGGCUCGUUCCAGUGCACGCUCCAUCCCUGCGCUUCCACCUGCACGGCCUAUGGUGACCGGCACUACCGCACGUUCGAUGGGCUCCCGUUCGACUUCGUGGGGGCGUGCAAAGUGCACCUGGUCAAGAGCACAGCGGACCUCAGUUUCUCUGUGAUUGUAGAGAAUGUAGACUGUUACAGCUCUGGUAUCAUCUGUAGGAAGUUUAUUUCCAUCAACGUUGGGAACUCACUCCUCAUCUUUGAUGACGACUCGGGAAGUCCUAGUCCUGAGAGCUUCCUGGAUGAGAAGCAGGAGGUCCACACGUGGCAAGCAGGGUUUUUCACGCUGGUGCAUUUCCCAAGGGAGCACAUCACCCUCUUAUGGGACCAGAGAACCACAGUGCACAUCCAGGCUGGGCCACAGUGGCAGGGCCAGCUGGCGGGACUCUGUGGGAACUUUGACUUAAAAACCAUCAAUGAGAUGAGGACUCCGGAGAAUUUAGAGUUAACUAACCCCCAGGAGUUUGGCAGCAGUUGGGCUGCCGUCGAGUGCCCAGACACCCUUGACCCCUGGGACACGUGUGUCCUGAAUCCUCUCCGAGAACCAUUUGCCAGAAAGGAGUGCAGCAUCCUGCUCAGUGAGGUGUUUGAGACCUGCCACCCUGUGGUCGAUGUCACUUGGUUUUACUCAAACUGCCUGACGGACACCUGUGGGUGCAGCCGGGGCGGGGACUGUGAGUGCUUCUGUGCCAGUGUGUCCGCCUAUGCCCACCAGUGCUGCCAGCACGGGGUGGCUGUGGGCUGGCGGACCCCGCGCCUCUGCCGAUGGGAGGUGGGCCAAGGCCCAGGGGGGCAGGCCUCCCACCUGGGCCCCUUCUCUCCAGCACUAGGUAAGGGUCCCUACCAACUGGCCAGCUUGGCCACUGGCAAUGCCCUGGUGGCCAGCAAGGCGGCGGGCGGUGCCACGGUCCUCAUGAGCGCGGGGGACGUGGCUCCAGGGGACAUUGUGAACUUCCUGCUGACGGCUGCACUGUACAAGGCCAAGGCUCAUGACCCGGAUGUGGUGUCCCUGGAGGCAGCGGACAGACCCAACUUCUUCCUCCAUGUCACAGCCAAUGGGUCUCUGGAGCUGGCCAAGUGGCAGGGCAGCGUUGCCUUCCACCACCAUGCCUCCUUCUUACUGCACCGGGGGACAGGGCAGGCAGACCUCGUGGCCCUGGAGUCGCUGGCAGAGCCUGGCUCCUUCCUUUACGUGUCGGGCCCCACGCUGGGCCUGCAGCUGUACGAGCACACGGAGGUGUUCCGCCGGGGCACGUUCUUCCGCCUUCUGGAUGCCCAGCCCUCAGGGGCUGCCUACCCCCUCUGUGAGUGGCACUACGAUGCUUGUGCAGGCCCCUGCUUCCGAACCUGCCGGGACCCGCGGGCAACUAGCUGCCGGGACGUGCCAAGGGUGGAAGGCUGUGUGCCUGCAUGCCCCACUCCCAAGGUCCUGGAUGAAGUCACACAGAGAUGUGUCUACCUGGAGGACUGUGUGGAGCCCGUGGUUUCGGUCCCCACAGAGUCUCUCGGCAACGAGACCCUGCCUCCCAGUCAAGAGCUGCCCACUCUCAGUGAUAAGGAGCUGCAGUUUCCACAGGAAGCUCCUGGGGCCCCCUCCCACAAGCCAACGCACACUCCAGCUGCCCCACUCACCACAGCCCUGAACCCACCCACGGCAGCUACCGAGGGGCCAGUGCUGACUCCAGGCCCCCCCCCGGCCACUCUGCAGCCACCGUCGGGGACCACUACAUCUAACCUCCCUGCCCGCCCCACAGAGGCCCCAGCCAGCAUGGAAGUGACUGCCAGCCACCUGGCCACUCCCCUUACCCCAGAAUCCUCAUCCCUCUCCCUCUCGCAGCCGACGCCCACACCUAGCAUGGGGUCAGGUGCUGGGAAGACGACGAGGGUGACUGUGACCUUUGCAGGGAGCCCCAACAUCACAGUCUCCUCCCGGUCACCCCCUGCACCUCGCUCCCCGCUCAUGACCAAAGCUGUGACAGUCCCAGGCCCCGGCUCCUUGCCUAUUAAGACCACCCCCCUCCAGCCCUUCCCAAGCCUGGAGUUGCCUGCAAGUUCUUCCUCCAGGCCUGUGGCUUCCCCUGCAGUGACCUCCAGGCCUCCCACUUCCUUGGGAUCCCACAAGGCUUUGCUGACACCUGCAAUCACAGAGGUCAUGAACAGGACCGGGAUGCCCCAGCCCAUCCCGGCCCAGAGCGUUUCCAGUCCCAGCGACCCCCUAGCCGAGGCUAGAGCAACAGCAGAGCAGGUUCCCGUCAGUGCUCUGGCUACCAAGAGAGUGGAGAUGGUGCCCCCCACAGAGAAGCAGCCUGGGCCCGGCCAGCCCGCGGGCAUACCAGCACCCUCACCUCCAAGGCCCGUCCCCACUGCCCCACUGCACCCUACCUGGCAAACCCCCAUAGCCACCAGGCCUCCAGCUCCGCCCCCGGGGACCCCAGCUGCCGCCAGCCAGUCCACACUUGCUCACGGGCUGGGGGUCACACGCUUCAUGACUGUGGACUCAACUCGGCCACCCCAGCUCCUCCCUGGCCUGCCUCUCGAUACCAGCCUGCCCUUGACCAAGGUGGGCACGUCUGCCCCAGUGGCCACGCCCGGGUCCAAGGGCUCUGUCGUCACCUUUCCACUCCAGCAACAGGCCACAUCUCCCACUAUGGCCACAACUCCACCUACUCAGACCCUCAGCUCAGCACCGCCUCUCACCCCUGCUGUCGUGGCCCAGGUAGGCCUACCCAGUCACACAGCCCCUCAGGCAGCAGGCACGGCGCCAGGCUGGCUUCCGGGUGCCACACUGCCAGCCUCUGGAGUCGUGGCCAUGGCCGAGGGCGCAGCCUCCACGCUAUCUGCUGCCCCAGGAAAGAGCACCACAGAGGAGAUGGCCAUCCUGUCCAAGCAACAGUCUCUGCCCCCCUGGAUGCAUGGCCCUGCGCAGGGGGUGCCCACCAAACUCACGCCAGCUGUGGCCCACACUCUGGCUACCUUGGCGCCAGAGGCUGAUGGCCCCUGGGCCGUCACAGUGCCACUGGUGCCCACAUCCUCUCCCCUGAGCCGCGUCUCGGCCAGGACCGCCUCCCGAGAGAGCUCACUCGUUCUGCUCCCUCAGCUGGCCGAGGCCCAUGGAACCUCGGCAGGACCUCGGCUCCCAGCAGAGCUGGGGACAGAGGCCACCACCAAGCAGUCUGGGCACUCAGCCCCAGCCCAGAGCAUCGCAGCGAGUUCGGCUGAGACCUUGACAACCAUCACUGAGGACAGCGCAUCCGCCACCUGUGUCCCAAUCGCUGAGCAGGACUGCGUCCGCCACAUCUGCCUGGAGGGCCAGCUGAUCCGAGUGAACCAGUCCCAGCACUGUCCCCAGGGUGCCACGCCCCCUCGCUGUGGGGUCCUGGGCCUCGCAGUGAGGGUGGGCGGGGACCGCUGCUGCCCCCUGUGGGAAUGUGCCUGCCGAUGCUCAAUCUUCCCUGAUCUAAGCUUUGUGACCUUCGAUGGGAGCCACGUAGCCCUGUUCAAGGAGGCCAUCUACAUCCUCACCCGGAGCCCCAAAGAAAUGGUCACCGUCCACGUCCUUGACUGCAAAAGUGCCAACCUGGGGCACCUGAACUGGCCCCCAUUCUGUCUGGUGAUGCUGAAUGUGACUCACCUGACCCAUCAGGUCACCACGGACCGUUUCAACCGGAAGGUGUCUGCAGCUAAUGUGUCCCCCUGCCUCCCCUCGCUCACAGUGUGCGAGAGCUUCCGCUGUCCCCAAGUGCAAUGUGGUGUGGGCACUGCCCUGGUGGAGGUAUGGAGCCCAGACCGGUGCUGUCCCUACAAGUCCUGCGAGUGUGACUGCGACACAAUCCCGGUGCCCCGGUGCCACCUGUGGGAGAAGUCCCAGCUGGACGAGGAGUUCUUGCACAGCAUGGAGAAUGUGUGCGGCUGCGCCAAAUACGAGUGUGCCAAGGCCCCCGUGUGCCUGAGCCGCGAGCUGGGGGUGAUGCUGCCAGGACAGACCGUGGUGGAGCUCUCAGCCGACGGCGUGUGCCACACCUCGCGCUGCACUCACGUGCUCGACCCCCUUACCAGCUUCUACCAAAUCAACACCACCUCUGUGCUGUGUGACGUCCGCUGUGAGGUGAACCAGGAGUACGAGCACCCACGGGACCUGGCGGCCUGCUGUGGCUCCUGCAGGAACGUGUCCUGCCUCUUCACUUUCCCCAACGGCACCACCUCCCUGUUCUUGCCUGGGGCGUCCUGGGUCGCAGACUGUGCCCGUUACCACUGCAGCAACACGCCCCUGGGCGCCGUGCUCGUCCGCUCACCCAUCAGCUGCCCCCCGCUCAACGAGACCGAGUGCGCCAAGGCUGGGGGCUCAGUGGUACCUUCCUUAGAAGGAUGCUGCAGGACAUGUUCCCCGGGGACCCUGUUUCCUGUGGUCCCCGUUAGCCCAGCCUCUCCUCCACGGGUUAGUGUCCACUGCCACCCAGGUAAAGAGGAUGGGCGUUCCUGCAAGAAGGUGACCAUCCGUAUGACCAUCCGAAAGAAUGAAUGCAGGAGCAACACCCCCGUGAACCUGGUGUCCUGCGAUGGGAGGUGCCCGUCCGCCAGCAUCUACAACUAUAACAUCAACACCUACGCCCGCUUCUGCAAGUGCUGCCGGGAGGUGGGUCUGCAGCGGCGCUCUGUGCAGCUCUUCUGUGCCACCAACGCCACCUGGGUGCCCUACACCGUGCAGGAGCCCACCGACUGUGCCUGCCAGUGGUCCUGAGAGCUGGGGGCCACCUCUGCCGCCCCCACCUUCUGCUUCCAGCUGGCAUGCCGGGGCGACGGGCCCGGGGGGCGCCGCAGGCGUGGAGAGCUGGAAGUGGCAGGCAGAGGCCCAGAGAGUGACUAGAAAGGGCCACACCUGCCCAUCCUGGCUUCUUCUCUGGCCUCCGCCUCCCGCAUACACGGGAAAGUGCCACACCUGCGGGCCCAGGGAACUCCACUCUGUCCUUGGCCGAGGUCUGGAAUGGGCCCUAGGCCUGACUCUGGCUGCAGGGGGAGGGGGUGAGAGCUUUCCUGGGAAGCCAGGACCAGAGCUAGACUCAAGACCACGUGCAGGGCCAGGAUGGGGUGGCCCAUUCCUUUUUGGCCCUUUCUACCCCGGGAGAACCACAGACACAGUAAAGGGAAGGGAAGCUUUAAUUGCAACACACAGGCAGGAGGACUUCCCAGAAGCAAAGAGGGUGCGUUCCCAGGUCCUUUCACCAAUGUCUGUGAGGUCAGGCCCAGAACCGGUGAGUGGGUUCAGUGACCUCGAGUCCCCAAGAGGGAUGCCCUGGUAUUCUGUCGUUGACCUUGCGGUUCAGGAAAGGAUUUAGGAGAACAGACCUGUGCCUGCUCCAUUUGCGCCCCCCACGCCAGUCUUCCUGGCAGGUGAGCUGGCUCUUGUGGGGUGGGGCAGGAGCCCCCAAGGGCCCUUGGUUUUUCAUGGUACCUUCAGCCUGGAAGGGCAGCGCCUGGCUUUGCAAUGUGCCUUUUCUCCAAGGACAUAGAGUUGAUCUCUAGAGGGGCCUGAGUGUGUUCUGUGGCUCAGCCAAUUCCUAGCUCUCUGCUUCGUGGGACUGUUUAGCAGGAGACCAUCUGUCAGUAGAAAAUGCAGGCCCUACACACGUACAACGGGUCUCCCAGCAUUUGUCAGAGCCUUGUCUCUGAACCAGAGUGUUCUUCUUAAAGCCAGGGCUAGGGUCCCCUUCACACCCCCCUCUGCAAGUCACCUCCCAUGCCACUUUGUGCUGCUGGUCCAAAGGGCAUGGACAUGAGGUUAUUCAGGCCCCAGCACCGCCCUGAUAUGUCUGGGGAUGUGGAGCUGCCCUAGUGUCCCUAGGGUUGGGGUUAGAGGCCUGUGCCAGGAUGGUCCCCAGCUGUUCCUACAGCCUCUUUGUUCUUGUAUCUGUAUUCUGGUUCUGUAUCUAAUAAACCACGGAAAGACA